CUCACUCAGCGCUUCUCAUCUCUCCAACAGUAGCUUACUGGCACUUCCUUCUCUGAUGGUCAAUGUUUCUGCUCUUGAUGAUGAGCUUUAUCUAUUAGGUCGAUGUCUUCUGUGCAACAGUAACGUUAGCCUAAUUCACAUUUGGCAACAUGUUGAAGGUGGUUGUUGAAUCCGCCAAAGGAAUUCCUAAAAAGACACUUGGAAUUCCAGAUCCUAUAGCAGGAGUCAUCUUUAAGGGAGAAAAAAAGAAAACAAAAACCAUUGACAAAGAAUUAAAUCCUGUGUGGAAUGAGAUUAUUGAGUUUGAUUUGAAAGGUACCCCAUUGGAUUCCUCUUCAUUCAUUGAUGUGGUUGUGAAAGACUAUGAAACCAUUGGAAAAGACAAAUUUAUUGGUUCGGCAAAGAUCUCUCUUAAAGAACUGGCUGCUGGUCAGACCAGAUCUCUUCCUUCCAAGAAUAUUCCUCUAAUUAAUGAGAAGAAACAGGAAAUUGGGGCAACUAUCAGUUUAACGAUUGGUUAUGAGCCUCCUGCAAGUACUGUCCCGAACCCAAAUGAUCAAAACAUGGGAGAUGGCCAAACUGGAGAAACUGCAGUUGGUGAAGAGGAGAAAGGUGUUGAUAGUGAUGAAGAUGCAGGUGAUGUGGCUGAGCCAGGGGCACCUGGAGUUUCUCCUUCUGGACAGCCAAAAAAGAUGGUCCGUACAACUCGGAAGCGACAAAGAACUUUGGCCAACAAACCCCAAGAUUUCCAGAUCCGUAUUCGAAUAAUUGAGGGUCGACAGUUACCCGGCAAUAACAUAAAGCCAGUCGUCAAAGUAAGUGUGUGCGGACAGACACACAGAACGAGGAUCCGAAGAGGAAACAAUCCAUUCUUUGAUGAGAUUUUCUUCUACAAUGUCAACAUGCUGCCUUCUGAACUUUUUGAUGAGAGCAUCAUGAUUCGGGUGUAUAAUGCCUACUCCCUUAGAGCAGACAGUCUUAUGGGGGAGUUUAAGCUGGAUGUUGGCUAUGUCUAUGAUGAGCCUGGCCAUGCAAUUUUGAGGAAAUGGUUACUUCUAAGUGACCCUGAUGACUCAAUCUCUGGAGCCAGAGGUUACCUGAAUGUCAGUAUGUUCAUAGUAGGCACUGGAGACGAGCCACCGGUGGAAAAGCGAGAAGCCAAUGAGGAACAGGAUGACAUUGAAAGUAACUUGCUGCUGCCAGCUGGAGUCGCUUUACGAUGGGCUACGCUGAGUCUAAAAAUCUACCGUGCUGAAGACAUGCCACAAAUGGAUGAUGCAUUUGCCCAGACAGUAAAGAACAUAUUUGGUGGAACAGAUGAUAAGAAAAAUUUGGUGGAUCCUUUUUUAGAAGUCAGUUUUGCUGGCAAAAAGGUGUGUACAAAGAUCGUAGAGAAGAAUGCCAAUCCAGAGUGGAAUCAGCUGAUUCACCUGCAGGUUAAGUUCCCAUCAAUGUGUGAACGCAUCAAACUUACUGUAUUUGACUGGGAUCGGCUGUCAAGGAAUGACGUUAUUGGGACCACAUACCUUAAUCUGACGAAAAUAGCGUCAUCUGGGGGCGAAAUUGAGGAAUCACCCUCAGAAAAUGGACUGCCUCCUUCCUAUAAUGUGGACACCACAGAAUCUGAGGUUGGAUUUCUUCCAGCUUUUGGGCCUUGUUAUGUUAACCUUUAUGGAAGUCCAAGAGAAUUUACUGGUCUACCUGACCCAUACGAGGAUCUGAAUUACGGCAAGGGUGAAGGGGUGGCGUAUCGGGGGAGGGUUUUGAUCGAGCUCUCCACUCAACUGGAUGACAAAACUGACAAGAAAGUGGAAGACAUUUCAAACGAUGACAUUUUGGUGGCACAGAAGUACCAGCGGAGAAGGAAGUAUUCCUUAUGUGCCGUGUUCCACAGUGCCUGCAUGCUUCAGGAGCCUGGAGAACCUAUUCAGUUUGAGGUCAGCAUUGGAAACUAUGGAAAUAAACUGGACUCCACAUGCAAACCUCUGGCCUCCACCACUCAGUUUAGCUGUGCUGUUUUCGAUGGAAAUCGCUAUUAUUACUUGCCCUGGGCUGAUUCUAAGCCUGUUGUCAUCCUCACAUCUUUCUGGGAGGACAUAAGUCACCGUUCGGAUGCGGUGAACAUCAUUCUCUACAUUUCUGACCGACUGCAAUCCAACAUUGUCUCUCUGAAGACGGCGCUUCUGGCUAAAGUGUCUGACUCCCGCCUUGCUGAGAUUUGGCUGAAACUUAUCACCCAACUCAUCGAUGACCUUUCUAGAGAAAGUACAAUGGACUACAUUUUUUGUCAAAAAACAAAAACUAUGACUAAAACAACAACAAAAAGUUACCAGUUACCAGAUUUGGAGGGCAAGUCGAAUCUGACAGCGCUUGAUAUUCAGAUCAAGAAUCUGCGUGGCAAAACCAUGGCCAGUGUCAAAGAGGCGGCCAUUCGUAUGAGGGAGGAGGCUGUUGAUGUUAGAGCCACAAUGCCUGAUAUAGAGGACUGGCUGGAGCGACUACAACAGAUCACAGAGGAGCCUCAGAACAGUAUGCCUGAUGUUAUCAUAUGGAUGCUGAGAGGAGAGAAACGUGUGGCCUACGCCCGAAUCCCAGCCAAUCAGGUUCUCUACUCCACCCACAGUGAGCAGGCCGUCGGCAAGUACUGUGGCAGGAUGCAAAGUGUCUUUAUGCAGUACCCAAUGGACAAAAACAAAGGUCUCAAGAUCCCCGUGCAGCUGCGUGUGAACAUGUGGUUGGGUCUGUCUGCACAUGAGAAGAAUUUCAACAGCUUUGCAGAGGGAACGUUCAGUGUGUAUGCAGAGAUGUACGAGAAUCAGGCUCAAGUUUUUGGGAAGUGGGGAACCACGGGUCUAGUUGGCCGGCAUAAGUUUUCAGACUUGACAGGAAAAGUAAAACUGAAGCAGGAACGUUUCAUGCCACCCCGGAGCUGGGAGUGGGAAGGAGACUGGUUGAUUGACCCCGAGCGCUGUCUGCUUACAGAAGCUGACGCAGGACAUUCUGAAUUCACAGAUGAGGUCUACCAAAACGAAACUCGCUUCCCUGGUGGUGAAUGGAAACCUGCUGCUGAACCUUUUACUGAUGUGAAUGGAGAGAAGGCCCAGAACCCUCAAGAAAUUGAGUGUCCUCCAGGAUGGAUUUGGGAAGAUGACUGGAAUUUUGACAGCAACAGGGCAGUGGAUGAGAAAGGAUGGGAAUAUGGUGUCACCAUUCCUCCUGAUGAUAAGCCCAGGUCCUGGGUUGCUGCUGAGAAAAUGUACCACAUCCAUCGCAGGAAAAGAUUGGUCCGACCCCGCAGGAAGAUAUCAGACACACCCACUACAGAGAAGAAAGACAUUGGCGAUGGCUGGGAAUACUCGUCUCUGAUUGGGUGGAAGUUCCACAGGAAGGAGCGUUCUGCGGACACAUUCCGCCGCAGGCGCUGGAGGAGGAAAAUGGCACCAGCUGAACGUGUGGGCGCAUCGGCUAUCUUUAACCUGGAAGGGGCUUUGGGAAUAGAUGAGGACGAAAAAGGCAGCAAAAAGGACACGGCUAAACUCUUUGGUGCCAGCACACCCACUGUGUUUUGCAGAUUUGACAAGUCAUUCAUCUACCAUCUCAGAGUCUAUGUAUAUCAAGCCAAGAAUCUUUUGCCUAUGGACAAAGACAGCUUUUCUGAUCCCUAUGUGCAUGUGUCAUUCUUGCAUGUCAGCAAGACAACAGAGAUCGUUAAGUCCAGUCUCAACCCCAUAUGGGACCAAACUCUUAUUUUUGAUGACAUUGAAAUCUACGGAGACCCUCAGACCAUCGCUCAUAACCCACCCAGUGUGGUUCUGGAAGUUUAUGAUAAUGACCAAGUGGGGAAGGAUGAGCCGAUGGGCAGAUGCACGUGUCCUCCAGUAGUGAAGCUGAAUCCUGCCACCCCAUUAACACCUAAACUCCUUUGGUUCCCCAUCACCAUGAAGGGACGAAAUGCAGGAGAAAUGCUGGUAGCAGCUGAGCUCUUGCUUAAAGAUAAGACAAAUGACGUUAACCUUCCCCUGGUCCCACCUCGGAGAAGUGAGAAUCUGUAUAUGGUUCCUCAGGGAAUCAGGCCUGUGGUGCAGCUCACCGCAGUCGAGAUCCUGGCCUGGGGUUUAAGAAACAUGAAGGCAUAUCAGCUGGCUGCAGUGUCUUCCCCCAGCCUUAUAGUUGAAUGUGGAGGGCAGACUGUUCAGACUGCCAUCAUCAAAAACAUCAAGAAAAAUCCCAACUUCCCUGGAUCUGUCCUGUUCCUCAAAGUGCUUCUUCCUAAAGAUGAGAUAUACACUCCACCUAUUGUACUCAAAGUUAUUGACCACAGGCCCUUUGGUCGGAAACCAGUCGUUGGACAGUGUACUAUAAACUCCCUGGAAGAGUUCAGAUGUGAUCCUUACAUAAGCACCACCGAAGUGGCUAUGUCUGCCAAAGUGGCCAUGAUGGCAUCAGCUCCCAGAGAUGUUGUCAUUGACAUGGGGGACAGAAUGCCCAGCCCUUCUAAACAGGAAGAGGAUACGGUGGACUGGUGGAGCAAAUUCUUUGCCUCCAUUAAUGAGCAUGAAAAGUGCGGCCCUUAUCUCCAGAAAGGAUAUGACACUUUAACAGUCUUCAACACCGAGCUUGAGACGGUCCCAGAAUUCAGAGGGCUGACAGACUUCUGCACUACAUUCAAGUUACAGAGGGGCAAAACCGAGGAUGAGGAGGAAGACCCCUCUGUAGUGGGAGAGUUCAAGGGGUCGUUUCGAGUGUAUCCCUUAUCAGAUGACCCAAAUGUCUCAGACCCACCUCGGCAGUUUAGGGAGCUACCUGAGAGCUGUCCUCAAGAGUGCCUGGUCAGAAUCUACAUCAUACGCUGCCGUGACCUGCAGCCCAAAGACAACAAUGGCAUGUGUGAUCCCUACAUAAAGAUUUCUCUGGGGAAGAAAAUGAUUGAUGACAGAGAUCACUACAAACCAAAUACUCUAAAUCCAGAAUUUGGAAGAGUGUUUGAACUGAAUGGCUACAUUCCACAAGACAAGGACUUGAAGAUUUCCAUCUAUGAUUAUGACCUGCUUAGCGCUGAUGAGAAGGUUGGGGAAACAAUCAUAGACCUUGAGAAUCGACUUCUUUCUCGGUUCGGCUCACACUGUGGAAUCCCAAAAUCUUACUGUGUAUCUGGAGUGAACCAGUGGAGGGACCAGCUCAAACCAUCUCAGAUCCUACAGAAUCUGGCCAGGAUGAGAGGAACUCCUGCUCCUCAGAUCGCAGAUGAUGGAAGUUUCCUGUCGUUUGGAGGACGAGAGUACAGGCUAGAUGAACUGGAGGCCAAUAAAACCAUCCAUCCACAUCUGGGCCCACCUAAGGAGCGAAUCUGCUUGCAUGUGUUAAGGAGGCAAGGCCUCGUCCCAGAGCAUGUGGAGACCAGGACCCUUUACAGCUCCUACCAGCCCACUCUCUCUCAGGGCAAAAUCCAGAUGUGGGUUGAAAUAUUCCCCAAAAGCCUUGGUAUUCCAGGACCCCUUCGUGACAUCACUCCUCGCAAACCCAAGAAGUAUUUCCUGCGAGUCAUUGUUUGGAAUACGACUGAAGUCAUUCUGGAUGAAACCAGCAUUACAGGAGAAAACAUGAGUGACAUCUAUGUAAAAGGGUGGAUGCCAGGUAUGGAGGAGGACAAGCAGAAAACUGAUGUCCAUUUCAGGUCCCUUGAUGGAGAUGGAAAUUUCAACUGGAGAUUUGUCUUUGGCUUUGAUUAUUUGCCAGCAGAACAGUUGUGUAUGGUGUCUAGAAAGGAACACUUCUGGAAUCUAGACAAAACUGAGUUCAGGAUCCCUCCUAAACUGAUCAUUCAGGUCUGGGACAAUGACAAAUUCUCCUUGGAUGACUACUUGGGCACGGUGGAGUUGGAUAUGCUUCACCUCAUCCCUCCAGCUAAGACCCCUGAAAAGUGCUCUUUAAGCAUGCUAACCCAAACAGGCAAAAACCUCACACCUACGUCACUCUUCUCCCAGAAGUCAGUGAGAGGCUGGUGGCCUUGUGCCAUGGAGGAAGAUGGCAAAAAAAUCCUGGCUGGUAAAGUGGAGAUGACACUGGAAGUGUUGGAAGAGAAGGAGGCAGAAGAGAGGCCAGCUGGGAAAGGAAGAGAUGAACCCAACAUGAACCCCAAACUAGAUCCUCCAAACCGUCCAGAUACGUCCUUCCUUUGGUUCACAAAUCCAUGCAAGACCAUGAAAUUCAUUAUAUGGCGCAGAUACAAAUGGCUCUUCAUUGGACUCAUUCUUCUCAUACUGGUGAUCCUGUUUAUUGGAAUCUUCUUGUAUUCCUUCCCUAACUACAUUUCCAUGAAAAUCGUGAAGCCGUAUUAAUUGGAAAAUUACAAGACAUUGGAGCAGCAACCUGCAAUGGGACACAACCAAUAGAGAACCAGCAGAAAUUGUAUUUUUAUGUAUUGUCCUCUAUUUUUCCCCUCCAAAAAUACUUGCAUGUAUAACCUACACCAAGUGCUAUUUUUUGUUUCUUUGUAGACAACACUGGGUUGGCAGGUUACAGUGCUGCGAGAUGUUUUUGUUUGAUUUCCAAUCCUUGACUAUGUUUAUUUUCUUUGUUAAUAAUAUGCAUACAAGAUGAGAUUUAUGCUCAUGUUGCAAUGUUUUGCUGUUGUAGAAUUAUGUGAUUUAUACAGUGCAUACUGUAUAAGAUUUUAAGUAUGCAAUUUUAAUUAACUAAAAUCAGAUAGAUCUGCUCCUUUGUUGUUCAUUAUACAUUAAACAACUAUUUCUUGU